AUGCAAUGGAGAGCGACCCGUCCCCAAACCCAAAGAAACGGAGGAUACCGAAAGCAUGCGCUGCGUGUCGGAGUUCGAAGAAAACUAGCACAAAUAGAAGCCCGAGUAGACCAACUUAACAGCCGUAUCCCAGAUGCAAACACAGCCGCAGCACUCUUCCAACUCCAGCAGCAGACCCAACAGCAGCAGUCUAGAGAAUCGGAUUUCACUUCCCCUUACUCAGCUUCAGAAUAUCAAGUUCUGCCUCAGAGUCAGCCAGGGCCUCACACAGCUUCUCCUGUUUCAAUGUCUUCUGGCCAUCGUUCUUUAGCGAACAAUCAAAUCGAUGGUCCGUUUCAUCCUAGUUAUAGAAAUGGCUCUGCUGCUGGUACUGGUGUGCAGAUGUAUUCAGGAUUAGCGGGCACGAAGCGCAAAUGUCGUGAUUUCGAGCUAAAUACGGAUGCGCCUUUGGAUGUUGUGGGGAAGGGGAUCAUCAGCUUUGAUGAUGCAGCGGUUUACUUCAGGACUUUCUUUCAGGGUUGUGAUAAAUACGUCCCAGUAUUUGAUCCGAUAUUCGAUACUUUCGCAUCGGUGAGAAGCAGGAGUAGUAUGCUUUUCGAUACCAUCUGCGCUGUUGGAUGUCGAGCUGAACAUGGACCAACAUCACCACAAUACCAAAUUCUCUCAAAUACAACCAAAGGUUCAAUCUGCAGCGUAAUGAUCGGAACAACCCGACCAUCAACAGAAGUCAUCCAAGCAUUACUAGUAGAUGCUUCAUACUCAGAAAAGGGUUGGCAUUUAACAUCCCUCGCCCUAAAAAUGGCACUGGAAAUCGGGCUAGCUGAUGCGUAUUCGCAAUUGUGUGCUAGGAUAUUAGAGAGUGAUGCAGAUGAUUGUGGGAACUUGUUCAGAAAAGCGAGAGUGUGGUUUGGUGUUUUUGUGCUAGAAAAUAUAUUGAGUAUCGACUGUGGAAAGAAGCCAGGUAUAAAAGCCGGUGAAGGAAUGAGAAGAUGCCGUGUUUUACUUGGACAUCCAGCUAGAACCACGCUGGAUUUCAGACUCUUGGCGCAAGUAGAGUUGAAUUCGAUCCGAGCACUCGCUCAUGAAAAAUUAUCCCCGCGACCUGGAACAAGUCUUUCAGAUCAGGAGUUGAGCGAUAUUGUUCAAGGCACGAGAAUCGAUCUAAGGAUUUGGCUCAGUGAUUGGAUCAAUCUCGUUGAAUCGAGACUAGGAAAUGAGAGCGACACAGCUAGUCUUAUCAUCAACUUCAAAAUUCAGAGAGAUUGGUCCGAAAUGACAAUGCUAUGUAAGGGACUGCAAGGCGUUGGCAUUGACAAUUUAGCGAUAAUGUCAGAUGAGCAAAAAAAUCUUGUACACCUCGCCAAAAGUAGCGCCCAAAGUCACUUGUCAACCAUUCUUUCCAGCCCAAAACUGUAUCUCGGUGCACUCAGAUACGGCAUGGAUUUCGUGUGGGCUAAAUGCGCCUUUUCCGUCCUCCUCUUCCUCAAGCUAGCCCGCCUUAUCCCUGAAUCAACCAACAUGUCAGAACUAAUCAUUGACGCCAACACCCUCCUCCGCGAACUCUCUCAAAUCCAAGGCUCCAACAACAUCUAUUUUCGAAUCCUUAGUCUCAGCGUAGAGAAAUGUGAAAGAGCCCUAAGAGGAGAUUUUCAACAGAGUGAUAGUAGAGACACUCAGACUGCUGGGAUAGAGAGUUUGGAUGCUGAGAUGGAUUUCCAGAGUUAUGUUCCGAAGGAGUUCAUUUUGGAGUGGAAUUUUCCGGGUUUGACUUUUUGUUGGAUUCCGUUUGAUUUUGGAGAGUUGUUUAUGGAUUUUAGUGCGGGAUGUUAA